AUGUUCACAGGGUGUGGAGUGGUCACCGGCCCGAACCAGUACCUGACCAGAGACGCCGUCAGGCCCCACCCAGGACUGGAGGUGAACAGACCGAUCCAAAUGGAGAAUGGGGUAAUCCCCGGGACCUGCGCUGUCUACCAGGGUCAAACUCACAGCAAUGCUGGUCAGCCAGCAGUGGUCAAUGUUUCCAGCCCGCUGAAGCCAGCGCCACUACCAAUCCCUCCCCCUGCACUCAAACUAGGACAGGAGGGGUUCAAGAAAGUCUGCCGAACUGAGGAGGACAGCCCCUGUCCCUUUCCAGGAUUGGCCUCUGGGGUGCUGGAGAUGCGCGUGAAGGAGGGAAGUAAAAUCCGCAAUUUAAUGGGAUUUGCCAUGGCACGGAUGCAGGGAGAGAAGGGUGUAAGUGGGGGAGGUGUGACUGGUGGUGGACUGAGGCAGGUGGUCUUCACUGGGUCGGGCCGUGCAGUCACAAAGACCAUCACCUGUGCUGAGAUCAUGAAACGAAAAGUGGGCUCUCUGCACCAACUGACUAAACUCCAGUACAAGGUGGUCAAAGAGGUGUGGGAGAGCACUGAAGGGGGGACAUCUGAGAUGACGGUGCACAGGACUGUGCCCUCCAUCAGCAUCCUUCUUUCCAAAGACCCCCUGGAUCCGCAGGAGCCAGGUUAUCAACCUCCAGAGACUCUUAGUGCAUUGUGGGAGGAGAAAGAGGGUGUCGAAUCUGCCUCCCAGAAAACAUGCAAGAGACCUCUCGGACCUUUGCCAUACAGCAGUUUCACUCACUGUAAGAGAAUGUGUUUGGGGGAAGGAGUCUCAGUCCUCCCUCCUCAAUGACUGGCUGAACCGGUGUCAAACAGUGG